CCGCCGUACAGUGAGUAGACGUACGGUUCGUGCUGUUCUGCGCUCAUGGGGACACGGCGGAGUGAGUGAGAAAACAUCUCGAGCGCUUGGUUCUUUCUCUUUUAGCCAUUUCGUCCGCAGGUUUCUCUCUCUUAAGCCCCCCAUUCACUCAAGCACAGAAUAAAUCAAUAAUUGAAAAAGUGAAAGUGGGAGAAGACGACGCUAUUGUUGUAAACAAAAACAAAACUUACAGUAAUAAUUCAAUAUCACUACAAAAUCCAUUAAACUUGAAGAAUUCUCAACCUGCUCAGUAGCUACUUGUGUAUACAAUUUUAAUGAACGGAAAUCAAAGCAAGAUGGGAAAGAAAUAUAAUUGUUUAGGAUCUAUUCCAAAGAAGCUAUUAAAAUCUGAUGCUCCUCCAACUCAAGAAUUACUAAUUGAUCAAGAUAAAAUUAAAAGUAAUUUGAUAUCUGCAUCAGCUAUAAGCCACCGUAGCAGAAUGGAACAUAAAGCCAUAGAACGGGCCCAUGAUCAAAAUAUAACAACUAUAGAAGAGUCACAGACACAUCCAUCUACAGCGACACAUACAUCUAACCCUGAAACUCCUGAAGCUAUACUUGAGGAGUGUGUUACACUGUUAAGAGAUUAUGAAGCUCUAACAUAUAAAAAUGAAAAAAUGGCACAAGAGUUGGUUCACUAUCGAAAUGCUAAUGAAUCUCUUCGUUUGGAAUUACAAGCAUUAAAUCAUAAUAUACUAAAACAUGAUUUAUUGGCUAAAGAAUCUAGUAAAAGAGCGAAAGCAGAGACUCGAAAAUUGAAACUCAUGCUAAGACGUGGAAGAGAAUUUAAAAUGGGCCACUUUUUUCCAUCUGAAUCAUAAUUAACUACAGUUAGGGUUUUGCUAAUCCGGACAAUCUAUAUUUUGUACUUUAGUACUUUUGCAUAAAGUAUAUAAUUAUAUUCAGGAAUACCCAUGAUAAAGAUAUUAUUAUUUUGAUUUCAUAAGGUGUUUUUUGCUUAUAUUUAUUAGUAAGUUUAAAAAAAAAACAUCAUUUUGUUGGGUCAGGAUUAGCAAGACUACUGUAUUAUUGAAAAAAUAAGUCUUUUUUUAUUACAUUUUUAUAGAUUUCUUUUAAUAAUUAAUUAUAAUGCGCCUA